UGAAACCACAACCUCUACGCUACCGGUGCAGCGCUUUACCAACUGAGCUAACAAGCCAAUUGGGAGCUGGUCAUUAUGAUGGUUCCAAAUAAACCUGUGAAGUGCUCUUCGGUAUCCUAAAGCAGCUUAUCCAGAAGUUGACAGUUCACCGGCCAUCACCAUGCUGCUCCUGCCUCUCUUGUCGUUUUUUCCUUCUUUGUUGAAGUUGAUGUGUGCCAUGCAAAACAGCGCUCUGUACCGAUAUCCGACAGGCACUGUUUCGUUCGGUAACUUUGAGCGCGAUCCCUUCUAUUACUUGUGGGUAGAGAAACUUUCAUCGUCCAUGGUGAAAGAUCAGUUGGACUGCACUUUUCUUUGUGUUCGUGAACCAAAUUGUUAUUCGUUUAACAUGGCUGCGUAUCCCGACUCCAAGGGUGUUUGUCUGUGUGAGCUGUUGGCCACAGACAAAUACAGAGAAACUGAAAAGUUUCAUGCAAAUGCAACCUUCCAUCAUUACAGAGCACGGUCUCCAUGUGAAAGCUUUCCCUGCAAGAACGGUGGUGUCUGUGUUCCUAAAUAUGAAAAGAACUCCUAUCAUUGUGAUUGUCAGUCUGGAUUCGAUGGAACUCACUGUAAACGUGAAGGAAAUCGAACCUGCAGUGACAUCAAACGCUUCUACCCUAGGACUCCAAGUGACUCUUACGUCAUCGAUCCUGAUGGAGAGGGCGGAGAGAAACCUUUUAAAGUCUUCUGUGACAUGACUAACAAGGGGGGGAUAGGAGUGACAGUUGUCAGUCACGAUAGUGAAAGCAGAAUGCUGGUGGAUGGAUUUGAUGUUCGUGGUAGUUAUUCGCGCAACGUUACUUAUAAUGAAGCCAGUCUAAUUCAGCUAGCAAGCUUAACAGCUUCAUCUGCUCACUGUGAGCAGUUUAUCAAAUACGAAUGCUAUCAUUCAAUGCUCCUUUACAACGGUGGCAUGUUCGGCUGGUGGGUAUCACGCGAUGACGAGAAGAUGAAGUACUGGGGUGGAGUCGACUCUGCUCCAUUCAAAUGUGCAUGUGGGUGGAACAACACGUGCGCGGACACCAGUUACGGCUGCAACUGCGAUAAAAACGAUUGGAAAUGGCGAGAGGACAGCGGUUUACUAACAAACAAGUCCAAGCUUCCUGUGAUUCAAAUGAGGUUUGGAGAUACCGGUCGCCUUAGCGAUGGCGAUGAAAAAGGAUAUCACACGCUUGGAAAACUGGAGUGUUAUGGAUUUAUCUACUGAGAAGUCACAAAGACAAUACGUUGAACAUCAAAAAGAUUGCUUGAUCACUGUACUCUCUUUGCAGAACUGAAUUAGAAUGGAGGUCCAUGAUAAUUCAGAGAAAUGUAAUGAAUUGGUAAUUCGAUUGUAAUGUAGUGAGAAAAAUGGAGAAAUUCAUAAUGUUUAGUUUAAAGUAUUUGCCCAAAAUUGUAACCGAAUGUCAUACUGAGUGUUGGACCGCUCAAGUGCUUUGGACCCAUUUAAGAAUGAAGUACAGGUCAUUAACUUUAAAUACUUGCUAUAGUGAUAAUUGUAUAUCAAAAUUCAUUUGGUUUUGAUUAAUUAACAUUGCUCUUUUACCGCGUUUGAGAAUUCCAAGAGACGUGAAAGCAGUUGCCUGCAGUAAAAAACCUGCCAUCGUUUUUACAAAAGUAAUGUAUGCUUCCAAUUCGUCGAUAUAUAUAUGAAGUAAUUUGAUGAUGACACGAUUUGUUUACCAUAGAAAAGUGGAGAUGACCAAGCUGGAAGUUAUUCUGUCGAGAAAAUCUUAAAUAAAAGAUCCAAAGGA